AUGCGCAACGCAACCCCACUCUUCGCCAUCCACCACAAAGGCCACAGCCUCUCCUCCGAGCCAACGCUGAAACUCGUACGCAGCGACGGCCAACAGCUCGGCACCGCCAACUUCCACACCUUCUCCACGCGCAUCGACCUGGCCCUCGGAGGUAAUCACGGCGCCGCCCCUCCUCUCCUUAGCUACAAACCCACCCAACCCCUACCACCCGCCUGCACGCCACCAGGCCAGACCUGGCGCUGGGAAGUCGCAGCCAUGGGCCCCAAGCGCGCGGUGGCGCGCCUCAUCGCCACGCCCGACUCCGCCGGCAAGCGGUCAUCGCGGUGGACCGGCCGGAAGUCGAAGGGUAAGGCGCCCCUGGGCGAAGUGGUGGCCGUGGUGUGGCUGGAGGACAAGCUGAAGAGCGGGCGCGUCGAGGUGCAUCAGCCAGGGUUGCCGCAAAGCUUGUUUGAGCUGGUGGUGUUGAGUGCGGUGGCACAGAUGGCGGAGAUGCGGCGCAACGUCAAGGAGGGCAAGAAGCAGCUAAGCGCGGAAGCAUUGGGGGCUUUGGGCGAAUCGGUGGGGAACUGGGGCGAUGCUUCUGGAGGGAGUGGAGGGGAUGGCGGUGGUGGCGGAGGGGGAGAUGGUGGUGGUGGCGGCGGAGCGGUCUAA